CUCUUAAGACGACGACGGCAUCAUCUUCUUCCUCAAUUUAUCGUUUCUUUCUCUGCUCUGCUCUGCUCAUCUAUCAACAGAAAUUAGAUCUUUUUCCAUGGAGGGUCUAAAGCUCACAAACGCGGAGUUGAUGGUUUACAUUCAUCCUUCCAAGAGUGGAAACAAGCUUAAAGCCAUCUGUCGCGAGCUCAGCUCUCUUCUCUUCCAGUAUGAUGAAACAUUUGAUGGGGUUCUAUUGGCUUUUGAUGUAACUGUCAAAAGCAAAGGAGCUAAGAUCCUUGCAGGGCUUAAUCCUUACUUUGGCGUCAAAGUAGAAGCAAGUCUUCUUCUGUUUAACCCCAAGCCUAAUAGCCUUGUUGAAGGGAAAAUUGUCAAGAUUUCUCCAGAGACAAUCCAUGUCAUUGUUCUUGGUUUUUCUGCUGCUGUCGUUACUGAUAUUGAUAUCCGUGAAGAAUUCAAGUACAGAAUGAGAAAUGGUGAAGAUUGCUUUGUGAGCAGCUCUCAUAAACGGCACGUACUGAAGGUUGGAACCAUGUUACGCCUUCAAGUCGAAAGUUUUGAUGAAGAGGUAAUGCAUAUAGCUGGAUCUCUACUUCCGGCUAACACAGGAUGCGUUAAGUGGCUGGAAAAGCAGUCUGAAGAAGCUUUGCAUAUGGAUAGGGAUGAUCAUAAACGAAGGAAAAUAGCCUGAGGAAGACUCCAACAUAAAGUUGAAUGACACAUUAUAUAUCACCCGAAGCUUAAAUUGAAGAAAAGACUUGAUUGAUUCAGUUAUCCACUCAAUGAUGUAUUUUCAAUUUGAUAUUUUUGUUUUUAAAUGGAAUCUAAAAUCUGGUAGUAUUGGAUGUUUGUAAUUCAUACUUCAUUUUUUGUUAGUGUUACUCAAUUGCAAA